UAACCAUGAAACAUGUCUUAUAGUUCGUUAUUGUUCCUGUGGGAGGAUGUUACUACAUUUCCCAUGAUGCCACAUGCCGGAAGUCCAGAAGUGGAAGCAUAAAACGCGGAAGCAUGCGAAGAGUGAGCCGGCGGUCCUGUGAGGACGGCCCGCUGCUGGAGGAGCAGGAGACGGAGGGCCAGCGGCAGCUGCGCGGCCUCCUGCUGCAGCAGCUCCACACCGGCGUCGACAUCGACCGAUGUGUCGCCAAGAAGCAGUGCUUCGCCCCAUCGGCGCUCUAUCGACCGUUUGGGCAACAGGCGGCCGGAGUGAGAAGCCUCUCCGAGUUCCGGGCCCUGCAGGACGGGGAGAAGGACCAGGCCAACUUGCGGGAGCUGGGUCUGACCGAAACAGAGAUCCAGAUGUGGCAGAUCAGAGACGUACCGGCGGCAACGGAGAAGCCCCACACCGGUGUGAGUGCAGCUCCAGGUGCGAAGCAGCAGCGCCUGCAGGUGAUCAGAGACAAGAUUGAAGCCCGGGCGGAGCUCCUGGCUCGCCCACAGCGCUUCGCCGCCAGCCGGCCGCUGUCACGCCGCGAGAUGGAGAUCGAACAAGCGCUUUUCCAGGGAACGGACCGCCUGGGCUUCCUCGCCGCGCUUUACCACAGAGAUGAAGAUACCCAGGAGAGCCAGGAGGGGGCGGCGUCCUCUGAUCCGAUGGACUCUCUCUACAGAGACGUUCUCAACAAGGAGAGAAAACCAGCUGCACAAACAACCGGAGCAGCACACCUGUCUACACACAGACUCAUAUCUGACCAAUCACAGGGCUCACAGACAGACAACCGAGCAGAAGAAGCCUCUGACCAUCAACCACAACUGCAGGGUGAAGGCUUGUCAGUACCGUCAGAGUCCAUUUCAGAGCAGCAGCUCGCUCAAGACGGACCGGGGCCGCCACCACCAGCUGCUCCGACACACAUUAAUAUACGCCAGCCAAUCGGCAGUCUGCGUGGAGCGACCAGGGCGACGACACGGGGACCGCUGACUGUCAGAGGGGACAUAGAGACCAUCUCAGACGAAGACAUCCUGAAGGACCGGGAAUCUGGGGAGGGGGUCCGGAGCAUCCCGAGGUUCAGAAACUACCAGCCGGGGAAACCCUCCAAGGUUCUGUGCGUGAAGAACCUGAGCGCACAGGCCUCAGCGGCCCAGCUGGUGGCGCUGUUCUCCAGGUUUGAGCGGGAGAACGGGCCGCCGGUGCUCUACCGCCUGCUGACCGGGAGGAUGAGGGGUCAGGCCUUCAUCACUCUGCCCGACGCUGAAACGGCCCAGAGAGCCCUGCAGUUGGUCCAUGGAUACCGGAUGCUCGGGAAACCUUUGGUGGUGGAGUUUGGCCGCGAGCGACGGGAAGAAGAGAAGCAGGAGGAGAAGCAGGAGGAGAAGCGGGAAGAGAAGCAGGAUUCAGGGUCGUGA